GGAGUGAAUAUGAUGCGAACCCAGUGACUCGGCGACUGCGGCUACAGCAAUUUCGGCAACAUGGGUGACGUUGUAAUGGGAUUUAUUGUUAGAGGGUUUUAGAAGCCGUGGGGAAAAUGGCAGACAGGUUGGAGUGGGUGGAGAUCAUUGAGCCUCGCACAAGAGAACGUAUGUACGCCAAUCUGCUGACGGGCGAGUGUGUGUGGGACCCUCCACAGGGAGUUCCCUUCAAGCCAACUGAUGAUAACCAGUGGUGGGAGCUUUUUGAUCCUAAAACCUCACGCUUCUACUACUAUAAUGCCUCCACUCAGAGGACAGUGUGGCACAGGCCUCAGGGAUGUGACAUCAUCCCACUAGCCAAGCUUCAGACUUUAAAACAGCACACAGAUGCCACCAACCCCCAUUCUGCAGGUGGAGGGAGAGUAUCUGCUGAUAACAGCCCAGGACGUAAUAGUGGGGUCAGUCAAGAGGGAAGCACCUCCUCCUCUCUGGACCAAGAGUUUUCUGAAAAACAAGUCAGCAAAGAUGAAUCAGACAGGACAUCUCCCUUUAGGUGGAAUACUGGGACAAAGGAGCGGAUGCUGAUCAAAGUGACGGACAGAGAACCCAGCUUUUUGGCUCAUCAAGGAAAUAGCCUCUCGCCCUGUGAACCCACGACACCAAGUGCUCUCUCCCGAAACCACCAUGUGUCUGGAGGAGUCUCAGCGUCAGACCCUGACGGCUCCCCUGUGUUGUAUGGAGACCGCCGUCAGUCUCCAUUUCUGAAGCGGGCGGAGCUGGGCAGCAUUUGCUCUCAUCGUCGCCCCUCAGCCGACUCACAGCCUCCGUCACCUCGCUACGCCUUUGAGCCCCCACUGUAUGAGGAGCCACCAUCAGAGUGUCAGCCCCCUCCCAUUUACGAAGAGCCUCCUGCAGACAUGCAUCUGUCUGACUUGUGUUCUCCCUAUGGCUCUACAAAAUCACCUGCACGCAAGUCUCCAGCUCCCCUCUACCUCUCUCCAAAGCAGAGUCAGUCACCCUAUGGCCAAUUGGUUCUCACCCGACAGAAGUGCCCAGAAAAAACCCAGAGUCUGGAGUACAGCCCUGUGGGAAAAGAGUAUGUCAAGCAGCUAGUGUAUGUAGAGCAAUCAUGUUCCAGCCCUCGCUUCAAGACCGCGGACCGUCUGUUGCGGUAUGGCACCACCGGGGGCUAUAGUGGUCCAUAUGGGGGAUCUUUUACUCUCCAACACAGCCAGUCACUAAUCCGAGACCCUCGCCAGCUUUUAGACUAUCGUGGGGAGGUUAGAGAAGGAGACCAGAGGUUGCUCUAUGAAGACUCCAUAUCCUGGACAUCUAGCCAGACUCACUCACUCUCCUCCACAGCCAGGCCUGGGACUUUCUCCCCAAGUAGUAACCGCAAACGCAAAAGCCGCAAACCAUCCCUCCCUCCGGAGUUGGGACACUGCGGAGAGGCGGAGUUAUCGGGCACAGCAUCAGAAGCAAUGAUGGCCCAGGCAAGGCUGGCAUGGGAGGCACAGCAGGUGAUGAAACAGAGAAGCAGUUGGGAUUCUGGGCAUGGAGGGAGAGUGGCCCAAAGUGAAGGCUCCAAAGAUGGCUAUGAGAGCGAUGGGGCAGUACCUCUGCCGUUUCCAGGACCAGUAGUGAGGGCAUUCAGCGAGGAUGAGGCACUGGCGCAGAGUGAGGGUCACCACUGGAAACACAGCACUUUUGAUCGCUUGGGCUUCCCUCAGGCCCUUUUGGAGAAAAGCCUCUCUGUUCAGACCAACCUGGCCUCUCCUGAACCUUACCUCCACCCUUCACAGUCAGAGGACCUUGGAGCCUGUGCCCAGUUUGAAGCCAGACGAAAUGCUAGGAAUAUGAUGCCAAGUGCCAGUUGUGGAAUUUUCCCAGAAUUCAGCUUGAGAAAGCCAUCUUCAGAGACUGACAUUGAGAACUGGGCAUCAAAACACUUCAACAAACACACACAGGGGCUGUUUAGACGUAAGGUUUCAAUUGCCAACAUGCUAGCCUGGAGCAGUGAGCCCAUCAAGAAGCCAAUGAUAGUGACCACAGACCGCACAGUGAAAAAGGAAGCUGUGGACAUCUUUAAGCUCAUCCAGAUGUACAUGGGAGAUCGUCGCUCCAAAGCUGACCCCUUCUCUGUAGCUCUGGAGGUGGUGGUGCGAGGGUGGAGUAACCAGGGUCUACGUGAUGAGCUCUACAUUCAGCUGUGUCGUCAAACCACAGAGAACUUCCGAUAUGACAGCCUGGAGCGUGGCUGGGAGCUGAUGGCCAUCUGUCUGGCCUUCUUCCCUCCGACUCCCCGUUUCCAUGCCUACCUGGAGGGCUACAUCUGCAGACACAUGGAUCCAUUAAAUGACACCAAGGGAGUUGCUAUUAGCAGCUAUGCCAAGUACUGCUACAGGAAGCUGACGAAAGGUGCACUGACUGGAGCCAAGAAGGGCCUGCAGAAGCCCUGUCUGGAGGAAAUCAACCAUGCUAGGAACGCCAUAUUCCAUCCAUCCAUGUUUAGCUCUUCCUUAGAGGAGGUGAUGGCACUGCAGAAGGAGAGAUACCCCGAUCGUCAGCUGCCCUGGGUGCAGACUCGUCUCUCUGAAGAGGUCCUUGGUCUUAAUGGGGACCAAACAGAAGGCAUCUUCAGGGUGCCAGGAGACAUAGAUGAAGUCAAUGCUCUAAAGCUGCAAGUGGAUCAAUGGAAAAUCCCCACAGGACUGGAAGACCCUCACAUUCCAGCUUCUCUGCUGAAACUCUGGUACAGGGAGCUUGAAGAGCCGCUGAUCCCUCACGAGUUCUACGAGGAGUGUAUCAAUAGCUACGACAACCCAGAGGCAGCUAUCGGUGUGGUUUUGGGCUUGCCACACAUCAACAAGCUGGUGCUCUGCUACCUCAUCCGCUUUUUACAGGUAUUCGCCCAGCCAGCCAACGUGCCCAUCACCAAGAUGGAUGUGAACAACCUGGCCAUGGUCAUGGCUCCCAACUGUCUGCGCUGUCAGUCCGACGACCCCAGAGUGAUCUUUGAGAACACCCGCAAGGAAAUGUCCUUCAUCCGGGUGCUGAUUCAGCGGCUGGACACUAGCUUCAUGGACGGGAUCCUAUAGCACCCCCAACCCUCCACACCUAGCUAAGUCCUUCUAGUUGGCCCCUCGGCCUCCCUUUAACCCGCUCCAUCACUGACCCCUGCACCCCCCCACAGCACAUUGUUGCGGCCACAUGUUGACUUUACAAAACAGAAACUCCCUCCGUCUGACUGCAGCCGCUCAGUGUUUUUGAGUAGAACUAGGUGUUGAAGUGGUUUGGACUGAACCGUACUGUGUGUGCCUUCACUUACAUUAUUACAGUACACACAUUUAGCAUGAAGAUACUAGCAGAGAGCUCAUCAGUACAUCAGCUUCACCAUCCCUUUGUUUUAAACCCAAAAAGAUUGAUGUGACACUGUCCCUCUGCUUACGCACACGAGCGUUGCCACGUGCACACGCUUCGAGGACUCCAGCCUCUGCAGUACACAAGAAGAACAAACCAAACGCAUGUUUAUCAAACAUCCUGUCUCAUCCAUCACAAGCUGUUCCUGCUGGCACUAGGUUUAUAAAAUGAAAAAAUUUAAAACACCUUCUCAUCUUAGUCGGACCUAAGAGCUCAGAAUCAGCUGGUUUAUGGCUUUGGCAACAUUGAGCUGUGUGAGACGGGCCCCAUGUGGACAUAAACUGACCAACCGGUAGAUCGGUGCUGAGCUGUUGACUGCCAGCAGACACGAGGACAGGUGGUGGUACAGCAGUGAAGAACAUCAAACCAGCUGCAUUUUGACCUCCGCCCUCCAGAACCCCCUGUGCCCUGCUUUCUACUGCAGAGCCCGUGUGAUAGUACUGUUGAUAAACGGUCUUACCGGGGUCACCAUUAGGUUUCCUGCUCGCCUGAGCAACCUUGAGUAAAUUUAGUCAAACGUCUGAGGUUUGAAAAUUCCUCAUGGCCUUAAAAAUACUUCAUCCUUGUUUGGUGAACAAAACCGUGCCAAUCGUACUCUUAUCUUUGGAUGACACUGGCUAAGCUAAGCGGUUUUAUUGUUUGGGUAUUCUCCUAAAGCCCGGCUGCAGCUGCUGGAUAGAACAUUCACCCAAGCUAAGCUGGUUUGUAAGUUGCUUUGAAUAAAGGCGUCUGCAAAAUGCGUGAACAUCAACAAGAAGAGACCUCUGAGCCAGGAGUUUGGUUCUUCUGGCUCCGAGGUCUCCACAGCUGGCUCUUCUCUCUGAGCCUAGUGGAGCUUCCUCUGCUGCUCAGUGCCCCGACUCAUUGCUUCACCGCUUUUCCGACAUAGCUUUUGCUAACCUUUUUGUCUUGUAAUAGCUUCUCAUUGCAUCAGUCCCUCAUAGCAGAUGUCCACUGGUACGCAGACUGACUGACCAUCCUCCUGAAACGGGUGUCGGUGCUCUCCAGUCAGAGCAUUGAGGUCUCGGCCUCUGUUCGUAAAGUGUCAUGUGACAUAUUUACUCCAUCAAACCAGAGUUCAGCUCCUCACUGAACAGCGAGACCUGCAGUAAGCACGGCUGUGGUACCACAACAUUAUCUGGACACAUCAGGACAAAUGGAUCAUUUUGUAAAGCUGAACUUAAGUAGAAAGGGUGGUUUGAUGAAACCCAGCCAAACCAUGAACUGCUGGUUUAAAGGUGUUCGGUUUGUCCUUGUUAGGCGGAACUAGAGGAAAUGAGGCUGUGACUUCUCUGCUGACACUGGGACUUAUUCAGACUUCCCAUAGAGCAGCACAGCUUGCUCUACAUUGACAUAUCUUCCCACUCUGCCACAUCACCUGGUGCUGUUCAGCCACUGUGGCUGUCUAUCAUGAAGGAUGACAGCAGCACUGCCAAAAAUUCUGUCCAUUUGUGUGUGAACACAGCACGGUGUGUCCAUACGGCUCCAGUGGGAAGUGACAGCUCCUACUGAAGGCCCAGACAUCUCCACAGAGCCCGUGGGCCUAAUGGCUCCGAUGAUUUGUGAAUGUCUCGUCAGCUGUGUCUGUCUUUGUUUAAAAUCUCUGUACAUUUCCUACAUCCAUUCAUACUUUGUCUAUGAACAAGUACUGUUGUUUAUUAUGUUUCUUUAAACAGAAUCUGUGUUUUAACACAUUUAUAAGACUUAAUUUAUUCAUAUUUAUUUGAGAUGUCCUUAAUGCCUUCUUGAAAUAUUGUAUUGUAGGCUCAAGUGUUUUUGUUAUUGCACAGGCGUGUGUGUGUGUGUGUGUGUGUGUGUGUGUGUGUGUGUGUGUGUGUGUGUGUGUGUGUGUGUGUGUGUGUGUGUGUGUGUGUGUGUGUGUGUGUGUGUGUUUCCCACAUGUGGACACUUGACUGUUUGAAAUUAGCUGUGCCAGUCUGAUUUAUUCACCACAACACAACUCAAAGGCCGAUUGUGAGCCAAACACUCAGAACUGCCUGUUAGAAAGCCAAGUUCUGCAGCAGAGACCAGAUGGUUUUUAAUGUGAAUUUAUUUUCUGAAACUCUUGUGGGUUUUGUUGCGUUAGCAGCUUGUUCGCUCGGUUAUUUGCACCCCACAGACUGACAUGUUACGUUUCAGUGUGUGUGUGUGUUUAUGUGUACACGUCACAUAAGGAACCGCUGUGUUCAUGUAAGUGACUGAUAAAAAAAAGUAAAUACAGAAACGAGGAAGACUAAGAGCAGCAUUAACAUGAGUCUAACUCAUGAGCAGAAACUCCGAUAAUUCCACUCUAGACUUCCUCCACCUACAAAAUGCCAUUGAUGAGAAAUUUGGUUGUCGCCUUUUAGUGCCCCCUAGUGGACAACCUUUGCCAAGCUUUGUAUUGAAAAUCUAGCUUCCAUAAUAAAGAACAUGAAGAAAUGGCAGUUCCAAUGUCUGGUGCAGUCUUUACACUAUGCUCUACUAGAGAAAUUAUUAUUUACAUAAUUCUGGAUUACCUGCCACUUUCUGGUGCAGAGAUACUAAUAUUUAACUCUAAUGGACCUAUAAUAAAUUCAGUACAGGUCAUUUUUGGGAUCAUCCAUGAGAUUAAUCACUGAAUUCAAAAGUGGAAUUUAGAUUCAUGAGAUUUUAUUUAAAAUGACAACCUUAGUUUUCCCAUACGCUGUCAUAUAAUUCCCAUAUUGAAUGAAGUUAUACCAGAACAUGUUUCUUUUUUUGCACAUGUCCAUCUGGCCAAUCAGAUUUACACGUUGAAGCACUUCUUCGUGUUUUGAAACUGCUGAGGUUACGUGCAGCUACUCGGGAAGGCUUUACUUACAUGUGUUAUGUACUGCUUGUGAUUUUAAAUGAAAAGUUUACAUUUUUGAGGCACACAUUUGAAUUGACAUUCAUCAGUGUUGAUCAUGCUGAUGUAAAGUGAUUAAUAGCGUGUUUAGUUUGUUAAAAGACCAAAACUGCACCUUCUGCAGGAGUACUUUUAUGGGCCCUUUGUAAAUGAACUCCAUGUUCUUAGUGAAUUAGGCUCCAGUGGGACUUUUAUUAGAUGAAAAACAAGAACAACACGGUUCCCAUUGCCUCUGUGGGCUUGGAUCCCUAAAGGCCCCCCACCUUAGAACAAAAGUAAGAUCAAACGGGACGUAUAUGUGAAUUCUACUUAGAAAAGACUGUGUUUUCCAGCACACCGUGUAACCAUGUCUACUAGUGUCUGACUGCUUUCUAGUUUGAAGGCUGAAGAAGCUUUACGUGUGGUUUGAUGCUCAGACGGUACUCUAACUUUGGGUCGGAGUAUGAAUGUACACAGUUGGAUAAACCUUAUCAGUAAAGGUUUGAUAGCCUCAACCCUAAAAAUCCAUCCAGACAAACACAUGAAGCAAAAAGUGUUACGUUUUUUUAUUAGGGUAAAAUAUUCAAUAUCACAUAUGUGUGAGUGGCAGCCAGUUUUACUAGCUCUCAGUGAGGUAUUAUCUUGGAGACGAUUUUAUUCUUUCAGAUAACCCACUUGGUUAUCUUGGAUAUGGAAAGGUUUUCUCGUGUCUGCUGCACAAAUCAGGUCCUUCUAAGACAUAUGGCCCAUUUUAUGUUCUACUAGCACUACCAAGGCAUUUACUACGGAGGAUCCCCACAGGCCAUCAAACCACUCUAGCUACACAAAUAAAUCAAAAGCCAUCAUUAGUUUAUCACUCUGUUCAAGAUGGAAGAGAGCACACCCAAUACCACUUCAGUGUCUCACUGUAUGAUGGUUAUUUAUUGAUUAGGAGUCCUAACAUAAUGCUGCACUUAUCACUAAAGUUUCAUCCAUUUGCAUUUGUUUCUGAGGACCUCAAAGAUCAUCUGCUGGAUUACCUCCUCAAUUACCUUCAUUUUGUGACAGUUUAUAACUGUUUUGUAGGUUUAUCCCAGCUGGAGAUCUGCUGUACUUUGUAACCCAGAUUCACACCAUCCCACAUUCCCCUCAUCCACGCAGCACGGCCGAUAUAGUUCUAGUUCGGUUAUUAAGUGCUUCAAAAUCUGUAAAGUCAAAGUUCUGUACAACAUAAAUAUAUAACAUGUCACAUAGCUUAAAAUAAGAAAGUACAAUAAAAUCAAGUUAGACGUGAAUAAAAGAGUAGAACUAGGUAUAGUAUUAAAAGACUAAAGUUUUUUUAGUUUUUAAAGUAUAAAAACUAGCCAUUUCAAAAUGGGAUAGAAUAGAGAAUGAGUCAUUCAGUAAAGACCAAUCAACAUCUUAGGUGGUGUUGAAAGCCCAAAGGAAGAGGAGUGUCCAGAUGAUCUCUCCAUCCUUCGUAUACAUGAAGGAUUCUCCAGAUAAACCCAGCUGCUCCUGCAGUUUGAGUUAGACCUGCUGAAUGGAAUGUCCCCAUGUGUUACAUGGUGUGUCCAAUCAAUAAAACAGCCAGAGCUUUGGCACAAGAGGGGGACAGAUGGCCCUUAGGUCAACUAUAAAAGGGUUAAAGGUCACCAUAACACUAGAAGACUCUAGAAGCAGGGUAAGUUUAUACUCAGAACAGCUAGGGCCCUGCUUUAGGGAGGGUCAGACUAGUCUAACCUGGGCUGUUAGACAGCCAUUGUUUCCUGUGUCAGAUAAAGGCAAGUCCUCAAAUCCUGCAAAAGUAGAAAACUUCUCUUUGAUUAUAGAAGGAGCACGGCUCAGUAGACGAAUGGCUGUGGGAUCUUGACAGGAUGCAAAUAAGAAAUGCAGGAUUUAAGAGAAAGCCUAUACUUUUACCCUGAAAGCAAUAAGGCGUUUUUCAUAGGCUCCAAGGCCCAUUUUCUGUUAUCACAAAGGCUCACUAUAAUAGUAGUCCAUCCAGUCAAGGGCUUGGAUGGCUCAUGCUAGUAAAAUCACCUCCAAGUGCUCUAGGACAGAGGUCACCUGUUAAAGGCUCAGAGGGAUGAGCCCUACGAGCAUUCUUCACCAGUUUCUAGGAAUGACUACUGGCUGCUGACAUGGCUACCAGGAUUUCCUGACAGAGGAAUUCCCCCAUUCCCAAAGGAUUUGCUAGAGAUGGAUCAGCCGGGUUCAUGUGGCACCAGAUCUAAAAUAGGUUUCCUUGUUAGUGGAACCAGUGUCCCUGAGGUAAGGACCAAAGACCACACUUCACCCUGUAAGGGUUGGUGUCACUGUACACCUCAAAAUUAACAUCCUCCCUCAACCCCCACUAAAAAUAGAGGUUAUAACAUACGCCAGAAUAAAUGUAAUAAAAUCUAUACCAAAGGCAAGAGACUUCUGUGCCGAAACUCACUUUUAGUCUGUCAGAAUCUUUUAUCACUUUGGAGAAAAUUAAAAAAAUAAAUAAAAAUCACAGCUUGUUAGGCCAUUUCAUCUGGUGCAAGGUACCACAGGUAAAUUUGACAGUUAUGAACCUUUAAAAAAACAACAGUGAUGUCAAAGCAGAAAUGGUCAUAAAUGUGCAUCUAAAAAAUAAUGAACAGCCAUAUUGACCUUGCUAGUUGUAAAACAAAUCCCAGUCCAAUAAGGCAUGAUUUCUCACUGCAUUCACUGUUAUGGCAGCUCUCAAACACACACACAUACCUAUAACACAGCUUAGUUAGCGACCACAAGCUAUGCUUCUAUUCAUUAAACAUAAUUUAGUUGUCAUGUGUCAGGUGGCAACAGCCAUUAUCUACAUCUUUGGCUUGCCAAUAUUCAGUAUGUGGGCUGGGUGUGCAUGGUUCGUCCUAAUCAUGGACGUAAUUUUCACUUUAGAAG